CUUUGGUGAAGAAGACGGCAAAGCCUCUUCAAGAUUACCACGAAACUUGUCAAUCAAGAAGAACAUUAUCUACAAGCUUGAUCACUUUAUUGAGCUGAUAGAAAAGAUAGAACGUCAUCCCUUGAUGAGCGGCAAUAAACAGCUCAAAGUGAUUGCAAAUUACAUUAGAAGUAGUUUUGGAUACAAUAAUCAAAAGUGGAACAAACUGCUGGGGAAGUCCGAGCCUCUUCCAGAUGGUAUUUUGACAACGGACGAGAAGAGAGUUCUUCGAGGUAUGUUGGACCAUGGAUUCUCUGGACGACAAGAACGCGGGGUCGUUAGUACACCACACGGUGACGUAGCCAUGGGUCGUGUUAUCACUGGCAUCUGUGCAGGARUGAACAGAAAUAAAGACCUCAUUUUACAAGAAAUUUAUGAACUAUCAUCAAAGCAUAUGGAUAACUUGUACGCUGCUACCAUUGCUGGGGAUAUCGCGCAGACUGGUCUCAYGAACAAAAACGACCCAUCAAAGCCUCUGUUUGGACCUGGUGGUACUUGGUCCCCUAAUACUAAAUGCCCUCAAGUCUUUACCUCGUUAACAUCGAUUCAUUCUGCAGCAACAGAUGCAGAAAUCUUGGGAGGAAUCGAUGGAUUUUUGUUGGGAUUGAAAGUCGCAGAGUGGUGGUCUGCUGCUAACGUUCGUCUUGGGCAACUGUUCAGGAUGUACUAUUAUAAAGAUGGAGUGGAAUUUGAUACAAACUAUGCAGUCUUUUUUAUUAUGAACGUGUUUGCACAUCCCUUCAUGCAUGGGAUGAUGGAGUUUUUGUUGUUGUUUGUUUAUCGAUUUCCUUGUCUGUCGGUACGUCCGUAUUUGGUCGGUCGAUCGGUCGGUCGGUACGUCCAAAAUCUGAAGAGUGGCAGAGCAGCUUGUCCCAAGAUUGAUAAAGACGAAGAAUGUGAAUUACCGGCAAAUCUGGUUUUUGUGAUGGACGAAUCUGGAAGUAUUGAGUCAAUUAACUAUGAGGUCGAAAAGGAUUUUGUCAAGAAUAUCAUUGAUGUGUUCGAUAUUUCACCGUAUCAAACGCGAGUGGCUGUUAUCGAAUUUGCUUCAUAUGUUCAAUAUUCUAUUAAACUGAAUGAAUGUGCAUCGAAGUCAAGACUCAAGUGUGCUGUGGAUGGACUUGCUUAUUCUGGAGGCUGGACCUACACAUCCACAGCCAUACAAGCCGCCCACGAUAUCCUACAAAAGGCUCAGAAUGAUCCAAGGCACAUAAAUGAACCACAAAUUAUCGUACUUUUGACGGAUGGCAAAUCCAAUGGCCCGGUAUUACAACCUGUGGUGAAAAGUGUCAAGGAAAACAUAACAGAUCUUACGAUAAUAUCCGUAGGAAUUGGUAAUUACGACAAAUCAGAACUCGACAUGAUCGCCACAAGCCCAAAUCACGUGCUUACUGUGACUGAUUUCAGUAAACUGUUGACGCUUGUCAAAUCUCUGCUCACCCGGACAUGUAAAG